AUGAAGAGAAUAUUGGUGAUAGCGGGCUCGGACAGCUCGGGGGGCGCAGGGCUCGAAGCCGACCAAAAGGUUAUCGCGGCCCAUGGCUGCUAUGCCAUGACUGCCACGACAGCCUUGACGGCGCAGAACACGCUCGGCGUCGACGCCAUUCAUGAGAUUCCGUCGGAUUUCGUGCGGCGGCAGAUCGAUGCUUGCGUCAGUGACAUUGGGGUCGAUGUCGUCAAGACAGGCAUGUUGGCUUCGGCGGACACAGUAUCGAUGGUCGCCAAAGCACUGCGAGAGCACAAAAUCGCCGUGUCUGUCAUUGAUCCUGUGAUGGUGGCAACGACCGGCGCCAAGCUUCUCCCCGACGCUGCCGUCAAAACAUUGUGCAAUGAUCUGCUACCGGAGACUUAUAUCCUGACUCCCAACAUCCCAGAGGCCAAGUUGAUCCUUCAAGAAUCCGGACGCGAACAAUCGGAGAUUCGCAACGUCGACGAUCUCAUUGACCUUGCUCGCGCCAUCCAUCGGCUUGGGGUGAAGUAUGUGCUCCUCAAAGGUGGGCACAUUCCACUGACGGCGAAAUACGAAAUCGCCGCCCUGGAUGAGCAGAAGGAGAUCGUCGUGAACGUACUCGUGGGCGAGGAUGUGUGUGAGGUGUUUGACCUUUCCUACCGGAAGUCGAAGAAUACUCAUGGCACUGGCUGUUCGCUUGCUUCCGCGAUCGCCUGCAACCUCGCGCAGAGCCGCGAUGUACCAGCAGCAGUCUUCUCGGCUUGUCGAUACGUGGAUGCGGGCAUUCGACUGAGUAUCAAUCUUGGCAAAGGCUCCGGUCCGAUCAAUCACUUCCACUCGCUUCAGAUUCUACCAUUCACCCCUGGCAACUUUACCGAAUACCUAUUAUCACGAGCAGACGUCAAACCGGCGUGGCAUGAUUUUACGCACCACGAGUUCGUCCGGCAGAUGGGAGACGGCACGUUACCGCUGGAGUGGUUCAAAUACUACAUGAUUCAAGACUACAUCUACCUAAUCCACUUUGCUCGCGCAAACGCUUUGGCUGGAUACAAGACCAAGUCACUCGAUGGAGUUGCGAGAGCCGCCGAAAUCGUCCUCCACAUUCGAGAAGAGACGGCUCUCCACAUUCGCGAGUGCGCGGAACUCGGUCUGACCAUGCAGCAAAUCGAAGAGUCCGAAGAGAGUCAAGCUUGCACCGCCUAUACUCGGUACGUACUCGACAUAGGCCAAUCGGAAGACUGGCUCGCCCUUCAGAUCUCGCUGCUCCCAUGCCUACUCGGCUACCAUGUCAUCGCGAAGCGACUGGACGAGUUGCAGAGGACGGAUCCGCCUGCCACGGCAAACCGGUACAAGACGUGGAUCGACAAUUACGUCAACGAGGGCUACAGUUCUGCCGUAACUACUGGCUGCGCCUUGAUCGAGAAGCACAUCGUGCACCAAUCCCCGAGGAGGAUUAAUGAGUUGGUGAAGAUUUUCAUUCAGGCGACUAGGAUGGAGACUGGAUUCUGGGACAUGGCCUCUGCGCCCUAA